GCUAUUCUGCGACCACACCGAUCCAGCCAAAAUAGCUCGUCAGCUCCCGUCGGCCCAAAGUGUCGCCAGUUCAGAUAACACAGAGAGCGCAAACAAACACAAACAGAUCAGCCAUGAAGAGCGCACCGCUGCUUCUGGCUGCCGUCGCCUGCUGUGUCGGCAUUGCCAGCCCGCUGCCAGCCGCGCCCACCAUCGGUCCGAUGACGAAUGACGCCUCCCCCGCCUCUGUCCCCGCCCCGUCCGACCCGCCCGCCCCGUCCGGCGGUACCUCCGGGCCGGCGGUACCGCUGGCGGUUCCCAGGCCGGUGCGCCGGUCGGCCCCGGCAGCCGGCCCGCCGCUAGAGCCGCUGGCCGGUCCGUACCUGGGUGCUGGUGGCGUGCCGCUGUCCUCAGCUCCCUACCAGGCCCAGCCGAGCUGGCCUCAGCAGCCUCAGAAUGAGCUGCAGUACCUGGGACAGCCACCGGCUCAGUAUAUGGGACAGCCGGCCCAGUAUCUUGGCCAGCCUGGAACCCAAUACAUGGGUCAGCCAGCCGCUGAGUACUAUGGCCAGCCCGGGGCUCAGUACCUCGGCCAGCCCGCCUCUGAAUACCUGAGCCAGCCAGCUCAGUACAUGGGCCAGCCUAAUACACAGUACCUGACCCAGCCUGGUACUCAGUACCAGGGCCAGCCUGGUGUCCAGUACCUGGGUCAGCCUGGUGUCCAGUACCUGGGCCAGCCUGGUACUCAGUACCUGGACGAGGCGGGUGCCCCGUAUGCGGGCCAGCCGGGUCAGGUAAACCCGCUGCCGGCCGGCGGCUCUCAGUACGUCGAACAGGACACUGACGGCUCAGACCUGGUCAACUUCCUGCUCCAGUACCCGGACCUGCUCGAUUCGAGCCGCUACGAGCCGCAGUACGGCGAGUCGGCCGAGUAUGCCGACUACCCGAGCGGCGGAGACGCGUGGCAGAGCGUCGACAAGCGACCGGCGCCCGCCGCUGAGGAGCGCACCGCUCCCGUCACAGAGGACACCCUUCUGCAGCAAAUAGACGGUCUGCGGGCGCCGCAGCCGGCCGCGCGGGCUGUGUCCUCCACCUCUGCCCCAUCCACUACCACCACCACCACCACCACGACCACCACCACCACCCGGCCGACCACGACGCUGAGCAGCCGAGCGGCGGCCGGUGUGGGCGCCGGCACUCGCGGCGGCAUGGCAGAGGUGCCUCUGUACGGCACCUCUUCGCGACGACAGGCCACGGCCGGCCAUCUUCAGCUGGCGCCUCAGCGGCGGUCGGCAGGGUCCGGAGCCGAGCAGCCCUCCACAGAGUCGGCGUACGACACCAUCAAGAGGUUUCUCGUCAUGGAGGACGCGUUGAGAAAG